GUUAGAGUCUACGUGGUGAGGAGUGGAAUCAUCCUGAUUGUGCACCUAUCACCAUGGUUGAGACCCGUACUGGGUUAGAGACUAAUCCCUAUAGUCAGGAGCAGCAAGAAAAAAUGGCUGCCUUAGUCAGAGAGAACAGGGAGAGGAAAGAGCGUGAGAAGCAAGCGACGCUAAAGGCUAUCGCAGACGAACAGGCGGCGAAGAUGAAGAGAUUGGAGGAGGAGAUGAAAGUACAACAAGAGGAGGAAGAAAGAAGAAAAGCUGCUGAAGCAGAAGCGGCAGCAGAGGAAGAGAAAGAGAGGAUGAGGAUUGAGAGUGGAGAAGGGAGUAGUGGUGGUACGAUGACGAGGGAGACAGAUACAGGGCUGGAGAAGACGAUUAGCGAGUGGGUUGCUAAUUUAUCGUUGGGAGAAGACGAGGAGGCGAAGUCCUAUGUGACUAAGGAUGAGAAGGCUGCGCUGGCCGCCGAGCUAGCAGCCAUGACAGACCUGAUGGAACGAAGAGAGAGGGAAGACGAGCAAAAGUUAGCAUGGAAGUUGAGAAUGAAGAGGGAGAAGAAGAGGAGGAGAGAGGAAGUGAACAAGAUGACCGCAACAGUGGCAAAGGUGCAGGAGUGUAGAGCGGAGGACCUGGAGAAGGGGAAGAAGUGGAAAGAUCGUACCAUCUCGGGCCAAGUCAAGGCCAAGGAUCACUUGAUCCUGACAUUAGAGGAGGGUGGUACAGAAGAGGUCCCAUAUGAUCAGAUUGAGUGGGGCCUAGGGGAGGAGUACAGUUGUGUAGGGCAGGGGAGGUCUUACGCUGCUGUCGCGGCCGGAGGGAGGCCGCAAGGUAGAGGAGGAGGCCAGGGCCAAAGGGGCCAGGCCAUGGGAGGCCGAGGACCGGGCGCACAGAGGGUUGGCGGACAGGGAAACCGCCAAGCGGGAGGCAGGGGUCAAGGUCCCCCGUCAAAUCGCCAGGGUAACCGGUCCCCACAGCGAGGAGGUGGAAGGGCACCUCAAGGAGGAUGGCAUCCAGGCUUGCAGCAGGGCAGGCCCUGGGAAGACUUGGGCUUGGACCGGCAAUUAUGGCAGGAACGCGUGAACAUGGGUCAGUGCGUAUUCUGUGGUGACCCGGCGCACGUUAUCAAAUUUUGUCCAAAGUAUAGACAGGCCCGUUGGGCUGCUCAACAGUCAAAAGGUAGCCGCCAGUAGGGGUUGCAACUGCCCCUACUUCAAGGCCAUGUGGAGAAGUGAGCGCGCGCGAACAGGACACUCCCAACCCACAUGAGCCUAUGGCAGAGGUUACAGGCCCGUGCCUAGAUAGUUGUCCAGAGACCGCCUGUGUAAGCGUCUCUUUAGGCACGUCCCUCACAGGUGUGGCAUAAAAAUUAAAGGAGAGGAUGCCAGCCUGGGCCAAAAUGAAGAAGGAGAGUAAAGGACAACUGAUUUU